UGACGGUCUAAAAUCCUCCUCCAAAGUUACAUUCGGAUCGACGCCAAUUCCCAAAACUCAAUCUCCAACUAUAAAUACCACCAGAAAACGUUUGCAGGUUUGUGAAAAAGCAUAACCGAAGUCUUCAGUUCCAAAUCUCCGCAAAAUUCAGAAAAAAGGAUUUUUGAUAUUCCAAGUGGUUGAAAAUGUCGGGCCGUGGAAAAGGAGGCAAGGGAUUGGGAAAAGGUGGUGCGAAACGUCACCGUAAGGUCCUCCGGGAUAACAUUCAAGGAAUUACGAAGCCUGCCAUUCGUCGUCUUGCUCGUAGAGGUGGUGUGAAGCGUAUAAGUGGUCUGAUCUACGAGGAGACUCGUGGGGUUCUCAAGAUCUUCCUUGAGAACGUGAUUCGUGACGCUGUCACGUACACUGAGCACGCUAGGAGGAAGACGGUGACUGCCAUGGAUGUUGUUUAUGCACUCAAGAGGCAGGGUAGGACUCUGUAUGGAUUUGGGGGUUAGGGUUAUUGAGCUUAAAAGUCUUGCUGUCAAGAAAGAUCUGGGAAAAAAUGUUUGGGACCUGGGUUUUUUUAAGAUUAGUUUUUUUUUUUUUGGGUUUUGUUUGUAAUUACUAGUUCAUUUAGCAUCUUCAGGUUUUUAGAUCAUUUUGUGGUUUUAUAGUUUUUUUUUUUUCUUGGGUGUAAUUCAAUCUUUGAAUUGCAAUUCUCUAAGAUUUAUAAGAAUUUCGUGCUGUAAUUUCUCCAAAUUUUAGGCUUUUCAUUUUAUUUUAUACUUUUA